AUGGGUGGCGAUGGGAUCGGUUCUAUUGGUGGCGAUGGGAUCGGUGCUAUGGGUGGCGGUGGGGUCGGUGCUAUGGGUGGCGAUGGGAUCGGUUCUAUGGGUGGCGAUGGGGUCGGUGCUAUGGGUGGCGAUGGGAUCACAGGACAACUUUCCCCUCGGUUGUUCCGGAAGCUGCCGCCUCGCCUGUGUGUGUCUCUGCGCAACAUUGUGGACGAGGAGUUCCUGCGAAAGGGUCAUGUCUUCCUGGGCUUCUCCAAAUGUGGCCGCUUUGUAUUAUCCUACACUAGUGACGUUUUAGAUGACGACUUCUCCUUUUAUUCCUAUCAUCUCUAUUGGUGGCAGUUCCAAGUGCACAGCAAACUACGCCUGGUGCGGCAAGUCCGGCUUUUCCAGGACGAGGAGAUUUACAGCGACUUGUAUCUGACCGUGUGCGAGUGGCCAAGCGACAGCUCCAAAGUCAUCGUGUUUGGCUUCAACACAUCAGGCAAUGGGAUGUUAAUGAACAUGAUGAGCGAUGAGAACCAUAGAGAUAUCUAUAUCAGCACUGUGUCCGCACCCCCAACAGCCCCCUGCACAGACUGCAGAGAGUCCCCAAAAGGUCCUUGUCUGCUGCACAGCUUCAUGCUUCAUACCAAGUACCAGGUGGUUUACCCUUUCCCCACCUUCCAGCCGGCGUUUCAGCUCAAGAAGGACCAUGUAGUUCUGCUUAAUACCAGUUUCUCCCUGGUGGCCUGUGCGAUAUCCGUGCACCCUGAAGGUGAUAAAGAAUCUAGCAGAAUUCUGUACAGCAAACAGAGCCGGCACCAUACAAGUGCCACCUGCUCCUCCUCAUUCAGUCCUAGCGAUCCUUCCUCCAGCAGCCAUUCUCCCCCUUCCGAAUCCUGCUCCCCCACCCCUCCUGGGACUCCCCCAGCCGUCACCCGAGCUCGUGAAUUUGUGGCCGGUAUAUUCAGACGAGCCCGGGAGGCGUCAGGACUGGAGGCUGAAGACAAAGGAGAACAACCCGGACCAAGCAAGCAGAGUCCUUCACAACCCUCGGACCCGGAUUCUCCUACUUGGCACCGUCCAAUCAACGAAGGGCCCGCGAGGUCCAGCAGCCACACGGAGGAGCCCAGCUACGUCAACUACACGCAGUUACGAUACGUCCUGGGAGAAGUGACGGAGACUGACCAAGAGAGCGAAUAUGAAGAUGACAAGAUCUCACUGCCUUUCCUGGUCACUGAUCUGAAGGGACAACAUCUGAAACCAUUGAAUGACAAGGCGUCUUUCCAGGGCCAACAUCUGAUUGUGGAGCAGCUCACCCUGGACUUUGAAUACGUCAUAAAUGAAGUCAUCCGCCAUGACGCCUCCUGGUACCGACAGUUCUGCUCCUUCAGCGACUAUGAUAUAGUUAUCCUGGAGAUGUGUCCUGAGACUAACCAGGUGAUAAUGAACAUCGGCCUCCUGCUCCUCGCUUUUCCUGCUCCAGAGGACGCCCAGCUUAGGCCUAAGACUUAUCAUACAAGUUUAAAAGUAGCUUGGGAUCUACAUACUGGAGUCUUCAGCACUCUAAGCGUGGGUGAACUUACAGAGGUGAAAGGGCAGACCAGCGGCAGCGUAUGGAGCUCGUACCGGAAAAGCUGCGUGGACACUGUCAUGAAAUGGUUGGUUCCAGAAAGCAGCGUCAGAUAUGUGAAUCGUAUGACAAAUGAGGCGCUACAUAAGGGGUGCUCCCUCAAGGUUUUAGCAGACAGCGUGCGAUACACUUGGAUUGUGCUGUGACCGCGCUCGGCUGGAGAUAAACUCUACCUCAGCACAGGCGUCUCGGUGCACCUAGAAAUAAAGACGCUAUAAUGGGACCUUUGUAUUAGUCCACCCUCUAUGCUGCCAUCUAGUGACCACUCCUGGAAGACUUACAGCAGUGUGUCCUGAUCUGAGCUGCUUUUUUUUUUUUUUUUUUUUUUUUAUGUGGCGUGUAAAAGGAAUCCACAGCCCUGUAUGAAAUAAGUGGGCGCUUUUAUAGUGCCCAGGGCAUUCACUGCUCUCCGGUCACUGAUGCCCAGGGGUAUCUCGCCAAUUGGGGACAUUUUAAUAAUUUUUUCUUCUUUCUCUGCAUUGUCUGUCCAGAAAGGAGCAGAGGUAUUUUUUUUUUUUUUAUGGCAUGUAUAUGUGUAUAUAUUAUGUAUCACUUUUUGUUAUGUCUGUCUCCUUUUGUGAAAUAAAUCUCAUAAUUUC